AGCGCCAAAAAGUGUCGCAAAUCCCUACUCAUUUCUGCUCCAAAAUAAAAAUAUUAUUUUUAUAUAAAUUAUAUUGAAAUAUUUUUCAUGCAAUUAUUGCGUAUGUGUUGUAUAAAAGAGACAUUUUUUUUUGCACCUGUUAUCACGCCAAUUACCAGGAAAAAAUAUCCAUGUUUACAACAACAAUAAAUAAAUAAAAUUUAAAAAUACAAAGUGUGUCAAAUUAUGAUAAACAAUUUCACUAAAUUUCAAGAAAAUAAAUCAAUAAUAAUAAUCAUAACAACAACAAUCAUGUAUUUAUGCAAAUAGUGAUAAAAAAAAUUCAUUUAUUGAAAAAAGAAAAACAAAAACAGAAAGAAGCUUGGAGUUUAUAUAACGAUUGUGUUAUGGUUUUUGGACGAUGUUUAUUUUCUUCAGCCGUUCGCUGUUUAUCACCAAGUACAAAAUUUCACAAUGCAACUAGUUCUUUGAUAGCUCGUGAAUCUUUAUUUUCAACAGUUACAUUAGAUAAAAGAUUAAUUAACAAAAUUCGAGGAAAUCAAAUAAGAAUGUCAUCAUCAACAAGUGACAGUAGUUCAUCAAGUGUCAUCACUGAUAUGUCCAAAAAAAAUAGAUUAUCAUUGGAAAAAUCAUCGUAUUUAUUACAACAUGCUAAUAAUCCAGUUGAUUGGUAUCCAUGGUGUCAAGAAGCAUUUGAAAAAGCUAAAAAUGAAGAUAAGCUUAUAUUUUUAUCUGUUGGUUAUUCAACAUGUCAUUGGUGUCAUGUUAUGGAACAUGAAUCAUUUGAAGAUGAAAAAAUUGCUAAAAUAAUGAAUAAAUUUUUUGUUAAUAUUAAAGUUGAUAGAGAAGAAAGACCAGAUAUUGAUAAAAUUUAUAUGACAUUUAUACAAAAUAUAUCUGGUCAUGGUGGUUGGCCAAUGAGUGUAUUUUUAACACCAGAUUUAUUGCCAAUAAUGGGUGGUACAUAUUUUCCACCAACUGAUAAAUAUGGACAGCCAAGUUUUGAAAGUGUUUUGUUAAGUGUUGCAAAAAGUUGGUUGGAUAAUAAAGAUAAAAUAUUAACAUCAGGAACAAAAAUAUUGAAAGUAUUAAAAAUAUCAUGUGAAAAUAAAAAUGAUGAUAAUAAUGAUGAUAGUAAUGUUGAUAAAUUAACUGAUGAUAUUGGUAAAAAAUGUGUACAACAAUUGAUUAAUUCGUAUGAUGAAGAAUACGGUGGUUUUUCAAAUAUGCCAAAAUUUCCUCAACCAGUUAAUUUAAAUAUAUUAUUUUACAUGUAUUCAAGAAAUCCAAAUGAUGAGCUAUCAAAACAAUGUCUUGAGAUGUGUUUAAAUACUCUAAAUAAAAUGUCAAAUGGUGGUAUACAUGAUCAUAUUGGUCAGGGUUUUUCACGUUAUUCUGUUGAUGAAAAAUGGCAUGUACCACAUUUUGAAAAAAUGCUUUAUGAUCAAGCACAAUUAUUACGUUCAUAUGCAAUGGGUUAUGUUGUCACAAAUGAUGAUUAUUAUAAAAAUAUUGUUGAUGAUAUUGUUACAUAUGUUACAAGAGAAUUACGUCAUAAUGAAGGUGGUUUUUAUAGUGCUGAAGAUGCUGAUUCAUUACCAACAUAUAAUUCAAAAAAAAAAACAGAGGGUGCUUAUUAUGUAUGGACAAAUGAUGAGAUUAAAUCAUUGUUAAAUAAAAAAAUUGAAGGAAUUAAAAAAGCAUCAACAUUGAGUGAUAUAUUUUCUUAUCAUUUUAAUAUUAAAAGUAAUGGUAAUUUAAUGAAAUAUCAAGAUCCACAUGGUGAAUUAGAUGGUAAAAAUGUUUUGAUUAUAACUGAGAGUAUAGAAAAAACAGCUGAAUAUUUUUCAUGUUCAAUUGAUACAAUUAAAGAACAUCUUGAAGAAGCAAGAUUAAUAUUAUUUGAAGAACGUUGUAAAAGACCAAGACCACAUCUUGAUGAUAAAAUUGUAACAGCAUGGAAUGGAUUGAUGAUAAGUGGUCUUGCAUUUGCUGGUACAUCAACAAAUAAUAAAAAAUACAUUGAGUAUGCCAAGGAAACAGCACAGUUUAUUGAAAAAUAUUUAUAUGAUAAAGAAAAAAAAAUAUUAUUAAGAAGUUGUUAUAGAAGUGAGGGAAAUAUUAUAACACAAUCAUCAGUACCAAUAAAAGGUUUUCAUGCUGAUUAUGCAUUUACUGUACAAGGAUUAUUGGAUCUUUAUGAAGCAACAACAGAUAUUCAUUGGUUGGAGCUUGCUGAAGAAUUAAAUUCAACUCAGGAUGAGCUAUUUAUUGAUUCAGAAUGUGGUGGAUAUUUUGCAACAGUUAAAGAUGAAAAAAAUAUUAUAUUGAGAUUAAAAGAUGAACAUGAUGGUGCUGAACCAUCAAGUAAUUCUGUUGCUUGUAAUAAUCUUCUUCGUUUAAAUUCACUUCUGGAUUGUAAAGAUAAUUCAAUAAAAGUUAAUAAAUUAUUUAAAUAUUUUUAUGAUACAUUGGAGAGAAUACCAGUUGCUGUGCCAGAAUUAGUUUGUGCUCUUUUGCAUUAUCGUGAUGCUACUAUUCAGUUUUAUAUUAUUGGAAAACGUGAUGGAGAUGAUACUCAAGAAUUAUUAAAUGUCAUAAGAAGUCGUUUAAUACCAGCAAAAGUUGUUAUUGUUAUUGAUCCAGAUGAGGAUAAUACAUUUUUAUGUGAACGUAAUCCAAUACUAUGUAAAAUGAAAGCACAAAAAGGACGUGCAACUGUUUAUGUUUGUCGACAUCGUGCUUGUUCAUUACCAGUUGUUAAACCUGAAGAACUUGCUGAACUCAUCGAUUCACCAUAAUAAAUAUAAAUUAAUAAAUUAUUAUUUUGAUUUAUAAAUAAUUUAAAUAACAGUGAUAAAAAAAAAAAAAUAAUAAAAUUAAUAAAUUUGUACUUUUUUUUUAUGUUUAUUAUUUUAUUUGUUUUUCUUGUUUUGUUAAAUUUUUGAUUAUCAAUUGUGAUUAAAAGUGAUUGAAAUUAUUCAUUAGAAAUAAAAAAAAAUAUAAAGAAUAGUUUUUCAUAUUCCAGUGCAACUGAUAGAUGAAUAAUAAAAUACUGGUUGUUUUGUUUUUGUUUUUUUAAAUUAUUAUAAAAUUAAUAAAGAGUACAUUUUUUAGCAGAA